AGACUGGAGAUUCGACCAGAUUUCCACUCCUUUCUGUUUCCCCAGUGUGUGUGUGUGUGUGUGUGUGUGUUUCCCAUCUCUCCUGUUUGGAGCUCGAUGAGAUAAAAAUCGGCGAGCUCACGCGCGCUCGGUCUGUCAGAACAAUCAACUGUUGCUGGCGCGCGCAGAACAGGGGAGUCGAAAUUUCACGCGCGUUUCCUCCCGUGCGCCUUUGAAUUCGGCUCGGCGCGCGCUGAUGGGCGUGUGAUCGCAGCGCGCGACUGAAUUUUGUUCGGUAACAUGGAAGAAAGACUGCGUUGCCUCGACUCGCGCGCUCGGUUUUGAUCUUGCAGCAGCGCUUGAUUUUUUUUUUUUUUUUUAAACACAAUGAGCGCGCGCUUUCGGCUCGGGCUUUUUUUUUUAAUCGCUUCUAAGGAUCCGACCGUGAAAAGACCAGGAAAGAACAACGACCAAUAAGACACAGACGCGACGUUUGCAAGAUCGUGCUUGGAUUUAUUACGAUUUUGUGAGAGACAGAAAAAAGAAAAGAAAAAAGAAAAGCCGCCCAGAUGCUGAUGAUGAUGGAGAACAGCGGCGGGAUGGAAGCGCAUCAGGUUGAACGUGACGGGGAUUACGGCCGCGCGCGCUCCUGCACCUGGCCACAGCUGCAGCGUCCAGAAGAGGAGCUCCGUGUUCCGCCGGUCAAAGUGGAGCCGUUUGAUGUGCCCGCGUGCCGCGCGGAGAGAAACAGCGGCGGAGCACCGACAGACCUGAAGCACCCUGCCGGAGCCCCGGUGCCCCUCGCGGCCGCCGCCGCUGCUCUGGACGCGGCCGGUCAGCUGCGCAAAUCCAAGUCGUCGCGGCGGAACGCGUGGGGCAACCAGUCCUACGCCGACCUCAUCACCCGCGCCAUCGAGAGCACACCCGAUAAACGCCUCACACUCUCCCAGAUCUACGACUGGAUGGUGCGCUUCGUGCCAUAUUUCAAGGAUAAAGGGGACAGCAAUAGCUCAGCCGGCUGGAAGAACUCCAUUCGCCACAACCUGUCUCUGCAUACCCGCUUCAUUCGUGUGCAGAAUGAGGGAACGGGAAAGAGUUCAUGGUGGAUGCUGAACCCAGAAGGUGGGAAGAUGGGAAAGGGCCCUCGUCGACGAGCUGCUUCCAUGGACAAUGGCACAAAGUACCUAAAAUCUCGAGGCCGGAUAAGCCGGAAGAGGGCCAUGGGGGUGGGCCGAGGACUUGGUGCUGGGCCUGGGAUCCAAGGGUCCCCAGAGCAUGGUAGCCCAGCUGGGAAGGGUGGCAUGGGAGUAGGGAGCGAGGAGUUUGAUGCCUGGGCAGACCUGCACUCCAGAACAAGCUCCUCUGCAUCCACACUGAGUGGCUGCCUGUCACCAAUUGUGGCUGAAGCAGAGCCAGAUGAACCAGAGGAAGGAGGGCUGUCCUGUUCAGCUUCCCCUCACCUCUAUCCAAGCCCCACUAGCACCAGAUCACCUGCUCUGGGUACUGGGGGCCACUGUCCUUCAGUAGAACUCCCUCAAUUGGCUGACCUUACUGGAGCCAUCAGCUUGGAUGAAGACUUCUCUCAACCACAGCAACUCAAGUGCAAUGGCUACCAUUAUGGUGCAGGACCCAAAGGGGAAACAUCAUACUGUGGCACUGUCUAUGGUCAGCCUUCCAUGAGUAUGCUGAGGCACCAUGCCCCUAUGCAGACUAUCCAGGAAAACAAGCCAACCAGCUUCCAGCGCCCCCUAAGGGCUUACUCAGAGAACAAUGCUCUGGAGAGCCUAUUAGCUGGGGGGCCACAGUACUGUGGGAAGGACAUGGUGGUGGGGCAAGGUCAAGCUGCCCAUUCACUAAUGUCACGGUCUAAUAGCAUUGUGCACUCUCAUGGCCAUGAUCAGAGCUGCAGUCACAAUCACAGCCAGAAUCCCAAUCCCAAUCAAAACCUUCACAAUGAUCAUGGAGCAAACCAUAAGCAGAACUCAAGCCUUCAUCACAACCAAAAUCCCAACAAGCAUCAUCCAGAUCUAGACUACAACCAUGGUUCCAAACAUCACCCUGCUCAUGACUAUGGCCAAUCUCACAAGCAAAACCAUAAGCUUAACCCCAGCUCUAAUUCAAACCAUAUGCACAGCCAUAUGCAGCACAACAACUCAAGGCAGUCAACACUGUCUCCCAGAGUCAACAACGAUAUGUUGCAACCCUACAACCACAAAUCCUCCAAUCCAUAUGGCCCUCGUGCUCACCUUCCCUCUACCUCCCUACCUCCUAACCCAGCCAGCUUCAUGGAUGUGCCCCAGGACCCCUCUUUUAUGGCAUCUGCACCCCAAACCCGCCAUCAGCCUUACCCAGGUGCUCAACACCAAGGCCUGACAGAACCCUGGCAUGGAUACUACCACUACCACCACCAACCAGCCCAGAAUGGCAGUCACCAAACUGGUCACCACCAGCCACCUCCUAACCGACUGCAACAGUCAGAGAUGGAGAUAGAAGUCCAUCAGAGCAGUCUGGAUGGUGAUGUGGAGUCUGUUCUUCUCAAUGAUUUCAUGGACUCUACAGAGGGAAUGGACUAUAACUAUGACGGAUCACUUUCACAGGGUGUUAGCAUGGGAAUAGGCUUGGGAAUGGGGAUGGGGAUGUUUACAGGGCCUCCACAAUCACAUAACAGCCAGAGUUGGGUUCCUGGGUAACACAGACACUAAUGGGAAAACUUUAACUGUAGGGCCCUGUUGAAGGUGGGGUGGGGUCUGAUCAGGUCAGAACUGAUUUGACUGUGAUUUAUUUUUGCUUAGAGAGCCAAACAGUACAAGAAGGCAUUUUAAGGACGUAUAGUUGCUGGUGUCGGUGCAGUCAUUUUGAACAUAGAGUUCUGCGUAAAUAUUCUUCCUCUUUGCUCUCUCCUUCUCUCUGUGUUUCCCUGCUGUGGAUUAGUAUAAUGGCAUUCUUCAACUAAGUUUUGUCCUCUCCCUGUCCCUCAGUUCACUCUUUAAUAUCCAUCACCUCUUUCUGGUCAAAAGCUCUCAAGCACUUUACAUCCAUCCCCCUAAAUUCAGAGGCAGUAACAGCCACUCUGAAACCAGAGGAAUCAUAUUGUUUGCUGGCUCGCUGGGUUUAAUGUAUCCAAAUGACUCUGUUAUCCUUCCAGAAUGGAAAAAAAUGUGUUGGUGUUUUUUUUAAUUAAAAAAAAAAAACUGAUUAGAGGAUGGAGACAUAAAUAUCUGUGCUGUCAGACAGUGUUGUGUACAUGUUGGUCAGGGUUGUGUGUGUGUGUCUUCAUCCCAUGCAGGUUCAUUGGAUAUCCCCUUUUCCAUAUGCUAGGACAGUCAUCCAUCAGCUCCACUUUAUUGAUAUUCAGCAUAUCGUUUUUAUUCUCCAAAGUAAUGCACCAGCUAUGCAUCACUACUCCAAAUUGAAUGUGGCACUCAGACUGUCUUUUUUUCAGGCAAACCAGCUUAAUGUGUUUUGGCUAGAGUGAUGAUUGAAGUCACUCUACAGCAAAUGGCGGGGAAGAAGAGAAAGAGAGGUAGAGAGGGAGAGGGAAGUAGACAGACAUGGUGCAAGAAAUAGAGAGAGAGAGAGAGAGAGAGAGAGAGGAAACAUGCAAAUAAUACCCUGUUCCUCUUUCUUUCCAUCCAUGGAUUUAUGUAGCUUUCCGUGUAAUGAGAUAAGGAACGAUCCGAGGCUAUCACACUUCCUGAGCAAGGCUCUUUCCAGUGCACCUCUGGCCAACUGUACUGUGGCAGCUUCCUAUGAUCUGAAGCACUUUGGGCUUCAACUUAAUUCCCCCUUUUAUUUACAUUAGCAUAUUGCAUUCUCAUUAGCCUAUGAAGUGCUACUUUAGAUAAUCAAUGCUGAUAUAUCAGUCACGAAGCCUCAUUAACCCUCAUUAACUCUGCACUAUCAAUCCUCAUUCAAUACUGUGCUGGAGUUUGCAGAAUAUAACCUUAAAUGACAUUCUGUUGCACUACUUAAUAAAGUAAUUGGUUAUAGUGUGGUGAUAGCAUUGCCAAAAGACAAAGCCAUAAAUCCAGGCCCACUAAGACCAACUUCUGAGAAAAGCUAUAUUACACUGCCUUCAGGAUUUACACUAGUCAACUAGCUGCUAAUUAGCAUAAUCAGAAAAUGGGUGCUAUCUCCCUUUCACAGAUGUAUUCCUGUCAUAUCCUCUGCAUCCACUGAUUACACUUAGGGGAGAUAGAAGUAAUUAAGUGCUUACCAAGAAUAAUGAUUUGAGUGCAUUUUCCAUUUUGAAAAGCAACUUUAAAUUUCGACAUCAUGCUGCCAUGUGAGAUCAGUUAUACUUCUCCAGCCAGACAUCUCACUGCUAACCUACAGAUGGCCACAUAUCUGGCAUAUCUUUCUUUUUUUUAAAUUAUAGAUUUUAAGUAAUUUCGUGGAUUUUUUGUGGGGAAAAAAAUGAUGUCCUACAUUUUCAAUGCGUUCCCCAUUGAGUGGGUGAAUCUGUUUGGACAAAUUUAUUUUUCAUGAUGCUCAAUUUCAGGACCUCUUCAUCAGGUAUAAGUCUCUGGAAAAGUAGAGCAAGAGAGAUAGAAGGGGAGAGGAGGAAAGAAAAAAGAGGAAUGAGUGCAGGAGACUGAUCGAUAGGCUGACAGAGAGAGACAGAUUGGAGAAUGAAUGAGUUGAAAAGGAGAGCAAUAGGUUGCUAGAAGGAAAAUAUGAGCUCACAGAGAGACAGAGGGAUAUAUAGAUAGAUAGAUGGAUAGGGAGAGAGAGAGAGAGAGAGAGAGUGUUUCCAUCAGAGUACCUUCCCUUGGCAAAGCUGUUUGAAUCAGGCCAAAUGUCAAGUGCCUCUCUGCAGCUUUUCUUGCACACACUCCGAUCAGAUAGCCAGCCUUCUCCAUCUCCGUUUCUCUCUCUCUCUCUCUCUCUCUCUCUCUUUUUACCACCGAGGACAAUAAAGCCUGUCUUCAUCUGCCGUCUCUUUUCCCUCUGCACUUCUUUAUGUUCUUGGUGACCAGCGCUCUAUCGUUCCCCCAACUGUGUUUUGGUCCCUGACCCCAUGUCUGCUUCUGUGUAAAGCUUCUUGUGUGUGUGUAGCACAGUGGUGUAUCUGAAAUGACUAUGGAAAUCCAUUGAGGUUGUGCCCUGGUAUCCACUAUUCCUGGCUAACAACAAUAUGAUUAUACAGUUUAUAUUUAUUGGGUAAAAAAGAUGGGUCUGUGGGUGAAUCUGUGGACCCCUGAAUCUCAUGUCAUCUUUAUUAUGGAAUCAUGAUGGUAUUACAUUUUUGACUUAUGUUUCCUCCUGUACAAAAUCUGUAUGGAGAAAAAUUGUAUAAUAAUUUUUGACAAACAAAUCUUGGUUUUAUUUCUUUUUUAAAAUGAUGUAUCUGCUCAUCU